GGUGUCGGUAGGACACCGAAUUUGAACUUCUCGUCUCGGCUCUGUCGGAAUUUAAUUGAUUGGUAUGAUCUAAGUUUCUAUAUUUUCUACGUGAUUUAAUAAUAGAUUGUCUAAAUAAGAUGACUUCCCGUGGCAACAUGCGGUCAACCCGCUCCUCAACCAUCGGCCAAGCCACCAUCAACAAGAACAAAUCUCUUGCCAUCCUGGGCUUCAAUGGCAACAAUGAGAAUCUCCUGCGCCCUCCCCUGCCAAGCAAGACUGGCUUCACCAGAGGUGGUGGACUGAAAGAUGCUGGCAACAAACAAUUCACAUCAGUGGGUGUGAAGCGCAAGGCUGAUACAUCUAUUGAGUCUGCAACUACCAAGAAACGCUCUGUGCUUGGAGAUGUAACAAAUCAGGCUAUUGAGAAGACCAUCAAUCAAGGGCGAAAAGAAGUCCAAAAAUUAGGUCUGCAGAAGAAGUCUCGUGUAGACUCGGCUCUGUGCAGACCAACUGCCAGUACACUGGCCAAACAAGUUACCCAAGUUCCUGCCAAAUCUAAGACUCUUCCUCACACCAUCGGCAAGCUUGCAUCUGUGACAUCCUUACCAAAAGCUCAAAAUGUCGAUGCCGCUGCCAAAAUCCUGAAGAAUGCAGCUGUAGUGAGGUCCGAGAGCUGCUCUUUGGCGAACGUGCAGAAAUCUAAGUUGGAUAGAGGAGGCAAUGCACCCCUGGCUUCUGAAGAAGAGGACGAGCUCAGUGAAGGAGACUCGAUGCCCUGCGCUGCUAUUGAACAAAGACUCACUCUUGACUCGUCCAACUACGUCACUGCUUCUGAAGCCAGCCCCAUUCGUUCAGCACGCUGUGCUGAAAGCGCCCUCACCUCAGUUGCUGAAGAAGACUUGUCAGAGGACUUCAGGAAAAUUCCUGCUGGAGUUGUGGACUACGACAAGGAGUGUGAAAUGGAUCCAUUUGCGGUGGCUCUUUAUGCUCACGAUAUUUUCCAGUACUACAAACAGAGAGAGGCAAAGUUCCAGAUCGAUAAGUAUCUCAGCAGGCAAUCUCAGGUGACAGAAUCCAUGCGCUCAAUUCUGGUCGACUGGAUGGUUGAAGUGCAGGAAUCAUUUGAACUAAACCACGAGACUUUGUAUCUGGCUGUGAAGCUCGUCGACCUGCACCUCAGCAAGACAGUCAUCUCGAGAGACCAGCUGCAGCUGGUGGGCUCCACGGCCCUAUUCGUUGCCUGCAAAUUUGACGAACGGGUGUCUCCGUACGUAGACGACUUCCUGUACAUCUGCGAUGACGCCUACAAGCGCAAAGAGCUGCUUGCCUACGAGAUAAAGUUGCUCAAGAGCGUAGGCUACGAUCUCGGCAUCCCACUCUCGUAUCGCUACCUCAGGAGAUAUGCCAGAUGCGCUAAGGUAAGCAUGGAGCAGCUGACGCUGUCACGCUACAUCCUGGAGCUGUCACUGAUGGAGUACCAGCUGAUAGACGCGUCUGACAGCGCCCUAGCAGCCGCAGCGCUGCUACUCGCGAGAUACAUCACUCAGCGCCGCGAGAUGCCAGAACAAGACAAGAAUGAACUUCCAGACAUCAUUUGGAACAAAACUUUGGAGCAUUACUCCGGAUUCAGAAUGUCGGAGGUGUAUCACCUGGCGCAAGUGCUCCACACGAUGCUCACUCAGCCUCCCAAGGAGCAUCUGAAAACAGUCCGCAACAAAUACAACCACGAGGUUUUCUACGAAGUGGCCAAAAUUCCGGUUCCCGAAACAUUGGACUUAUAAUAGAAUAAUUUUUACCCAUGGACUCAUCCGCCUCGACAGCUGUGGAAGACUGAAGCUCUUCUUGUACAAAUUGUCCAUGGAAGCUGAUAUUGCAGAUCACAACUCAACAAGUCUGGUCGUCGUGUUCGGUGUUGUUUCGCCAGCUUUUGAUUUGGAUUAUUAUUUUUUUUUUUGCGAGUAUCUUGAUCUGAGCCUCAAUAGUUGACGCUUUGGACCUCACAGUUACCGCAUUUAAUCAGAGAAUCGAUUUCCUAAAUUCUUACCGUAUUUGAAAAGCCUUUCUUUGUACAGUGAAUUAAAUUCUCGGGUAUACCGUGCCGUUGAAUUUUAUAGAUUGUUUCUUCUGAUACUCCAGGAAAUGAACUAACCUUGUGCUCAUUCCUUGUAUACAUGCACUUCGUUGCUACAAAAUUAUCUUCGUAAAGUAACUUUACUAAUUAGAAGUGAAUUGUUUUAUAGUUUACAUACAAUCGCUGACUGGUGUUCGCACCUGCUUGUUAGAAGAUUUAAUUCGGACUGAAAGUUUCGUGACCAAACUGCUAAGGCUCCUUAUUUGACCAGACAAAAGAGUAAAGUUACUUCAAUAAGUUGUAACAUUUACAAUUUAAAUGAUAAGAACGAAGUCUUCCUCGCUUUAAGGCUUGGAUACUUUUUUUAACUCGAAGGAGAGGGGCUUGUAAUUGCGUAAAUACUUGGUAAGUAUAUUUAUUUACAUUAAGUGUUCUCACCAUGGUUUGUAAAUACUGUACAGUUGCUGCACAAUUCCCGAAAUUCUCAGCUCGGAAAUCGAUUUAAAGCAUGACUAAUUUUUAGAAUUCCCUCGUUUUUUUUCCGGUUUGAUCACGGAGUACGUUCAGCAAAAACGUUCAGGAUUUGUUGAGGCUAUUCGUUGAAUGGCUGCCGCGCAGCCUCGGGCCUUUGAACUUUUUAAUCGCAGGAUACACGCAUGAUAGAAUUACUGUAGAUGGUUGAUUUUACCGUUCGACUUAACGUAUGGGGGAACUAUAGUCUUCUUCAGUUCUUCCGAUUUGUGUCAUUGAUAACGUAGAAUUUAAUUUUAUAUAGAUAUAAAUUGUAAGUAAGGUAUAUCUUGGAAGCCCAUUGUAACUUACUGAAAUUAUAUCAUUAACUCUAAGA